AUGCUAUGGGCGGCUGCUGCUGAUUACGCACUUUCGGCCAAGAUCCGCAACUUGAACGAGUUCUACCAGCAGAUCACCACCGGCCAGCAUUUGCCAUCCGGUUUGGACAUUGUCAAUACACUGCGCUAUUUUCAGCAGACGCUGCUCGGGUAUUUGUCUGCCGAUCACCCGCUGCUGCGAGAUGCGAACAUAGACUCUUUGGAAACUUGCGUAUCCGAAAAAGGUGAAGCUUCGCGGGCUGCAUUGUUUCCAAAUCUAAACUACGCCGGUCUCUACCACGCACUGAUAAACGUGAUCGAUAUUUAUCCGUUCAUCACCACCGGACAAAUCGGCCCGUUCGUUUUUCAUGGCAUUAACUAUCACGUUAUAGCUCUCGGAUGUGCGAUUCUGAACACAGUUCAUUGCCUGUACUUGUUUCUGGAGACAGAAUUAGCCGAGCAACUGCCGUUCACUGUCGCCAGCCUAUUGACUUUUUACCCCAUCGAACUACAACCGGACAUACUACGUUUGCUGUGUAACAUUCUGCUGCCGUUCGUGCUCGCAAGUCGGUACAACAACGAUAAGGGUGACACGUUUGCGACAGCGUCCAUUUCCGGCGUUGUGCUGUUGGUAUUUCAGUUCUGCAAGGACCCCCUGAUUUUAGUCAUUGUAGGUCACCAUACUUGGCUGCUUGAGACAUUGUUGUCGUUGAGGAGCGAUGUUUACAAGGUCAUCCUGUCUGUCAUUGCCUAUGGGACUACCGAUAGCCGGAUACCUGCCGCUAAUCUGCUUUUCCAUUACUGGCCCCUAGCAAAGGCGGUUGCGGGCGAUCGGCGAACGGUUCAGUACAAGAUACACGGUAAUAAGACGCGUAGUGAUAUUGCGCUAUUUCUAACAGGAAUUGUGCUUGUAGCUUGGACUCCUACCAGAUGUCAACAUAAAGACUGUAGUAGCGGUGAUGAAAACCUAAGCAUAAGAAAAUGUUAUAAUUCAUCCUUUUGCGCUGAAUUUGGCGACUCCCCGCCGCCGUUGUUUCUUUGUUCCAACUGUGCCAAGUCAGUUCCAGAAAAUGUCAAGUCAUCAGUUCACCCAUAUUGUCAGCCGCUGUCUGCUUUGGCCAACGUUUGCCAAAAUAAGGAAUGUUCAUCGAAUAAUCGCAUCGCGGUCUGCAUUUGCUUCUCAGACGUAUGUCUCCGCACGAAUAACUUCAUCCCUUUACGACUUUGUCAGAAAUGCCACGAUCGAAAGCACGCUGACGUCCAGCACAUCUGUCUUACGAACAUCCUGAAACCAUGGGACUGUGACAAAAAUACAUUUUGUGAUAUGGUCAUCGCAAUAGUCAGUCUACUGAAAGAAACAUCGAUCAUGUUGGACAUAGUGGCCACUAAAAAACUUCCGAAGUGGCUGCAGCAGCUGGAAGGUUGCCCCACGUCCGAACAGCAGAAGGAAAUGGCUGACGAGCGUCGAAUGCUAUCGCGCUACGGUAUUUGGAUGUUGACCGAAUUGUGCACAUUGACCCCGGAGGUUCCUGCGGAGGCCGUUGGACACCUGUUGUCGAUGUUGUUCGUUUGGUUCUGCACGACUGCUUUGCUUCCAAGU